UAACGACAAAAGAAAAUACACAUAACGAGAUGCGAUAUAUGACUUGUAAUUUGUGUUCAUAUGCACCAAUGUCCAAAUAGGAAUGAGUUUCUCCUCAAGUAUGCAAAAAUUGUAUGCUGUUGGUAUUAAAAAAGUGACUCAUACAGGGAAUCCCCUGUUAACUUCGCAGUUGAAUUAUACAAUUUGAUAUUACGUUUUAUUCGGAACAGUAUAAUAGUGACAGUUGUCAAAGAUCAAAUCAAUCGAAAUGAGUGAAGAUAAUCGUUUAUGGCACGAAAUGGUAUCUUAUGCCAUAGAAAUCCAGCAACAAUAUUAUGAACUUCUUUCUGAUUGGACUAAAUAUGAAAUGCAAGAUUAUGAUAUAUUAAAACAAAAUAUUGGUUAUGCACUAUUUGGCCCUCCCACUGAACCAUGCCAAGUCGAUAAUAUGGAAAACAAUACAAUUGAUUCUAGCUCGGUAGUAAGCUAUGUUUUAAAAAAUGCAGAAGAGUUAACUAAAGUCAACGAAGGAAUACAUUAUAAAAAAGAUGCUAUGAGAUUGAUAUCCUUAAUAUUUGAUCAAAUAAUUGAGUAUGGUAAGCAGUCAGAUGAGAGUAUUUUUUGCGGAAUCAUUUAUAAUAUUAUAUUUAACGUACCAAAAGAGAAAAGAGAAGUAAGUAAUCAAGAAAAUGCAGAUAUUGAUACGGAAAAAAUUAUGAAAGAAAUUCAAGCUGUUCCAAUAUUUAAAAUAAAGAAUUAUUGUACAACGAGUUCAACUGAAAAUAUUGAAUAUAUAGACAAUAAUGGCAGAGUAUACAAAGAUUGGAUCAAUUAUAAAACUAAUAAUACCUUGCCCGCUUGUGUAAUGGUACUACCUAAUGAAGGCUUUUACCAACCAAAUCCUGAAUUUUCAAUAACAGAAAUAUGUUCUACAGUAUGGGUAGAAGUUUGUUUCUCACCAGCAUCUUCGUUAAGCGCUCAGUUAGUUAGCGGUGCAGAUACUGCAUCUACCAUUUUAAAUGUUGGUGGUCUUGGAAUUGCGCUUGCAUCAUUGGUUACUCCUAUUGGACCUGUGGUUGCAUUAGCUGGAAUAGCAACGACAGGUGUUAGUAGUGCUUGGACCUUUGGCAGAUCUAUAUAUCAGUUAUAUGAUCGUAGCUCGCACAGAGAAUCUGUUAGUCUUAGUAAUAGAAACGCCCUUUCAGCCUGGCUUGGUAUUGCUGGAUGUACCAUGGGAAUAGCAAUGAGUGGUGGAAGUAUAUUUCUUUCAAGAGCUGCGCAAGCUGGUCGAGAUAUAGGAUUAGUUGCUAGAACAGCAUAUAAUACAACAGUAAUAUGUAAUAUGUCCAUUAAUCUCGUUGGUCUGGGAUAUAAUGGAUUUAAUAUUGUCGAAAAGUAUCAGAACGAGAAUAGGAUCGAUUGGAGCGAUGUUUUCUUCUUUACAACGCAUGCAAUGUUCUUUGGUAAUACUAUAUUAGGCAUGCAAUUUGCCCAUGACGUUAUUAAUACUUCUCAAGGUAAUGUUAUGAGAGACUACGAAGCUACUUUGCGGAGUAAACGUCAUCGUAAAGCGUAUAAUCGUAUAAAACGUAAUGCAACAUCAGAUGCAGAAGUAGUACGUUAUGUUAGGAAAGUUCAAACAAGAACAGAACUUUUGUCUUCUGCGAAUAGUAAUCAACCGAAUGGUAGUAAAUCAAAUGGUAAGCAACCAAGUGGUAAGCAACCGAAUGGUAGUCAA